UCUGUGCGGGUUGCCUUCUGCUGGCUCUUUAAUGAUCUUUUUAAUCUCCGAAUACAACGAUCUGCUGCAUUGACCGAUCUUAAAAUGGGGGAUCAUGUUGAGAUCCAGAUCACUCCAGAGACUCCAGGAAGGCCUUCCAUUAGAAACCCAUUUGAAAGUCCCAAUGACUACCAUCAACUCCGGGAACCGCUGGUACCGUCUCCAUCUGUCUUCAAGUCCAAUUUUGUGAAAGCUACUCCUCCUAAAUUUAACUGGUCCAUUGAUGAAAUGGCCAGUCUUCUUCCUGUACACAUCGACCCAGAAGACAUCCAGCGGCAGUCUUUCUACCUCAGCCAGACAAGGACGGAUUCUGACAUUGAGGAGAAACGUCAGAAUGCUAUUGAGGAGUUUUUCACCAAAGGAACCAUUGUUCCGUCUCCGUGGGCCCCACCAGACUCACGCAAAGGCACACACACAUAUAAGAAAACCUCUUUGUCAGCAAUGAUUGAAGAGCCAGAAAAGGUCUCAGUUUCAUGUCAGACAACGCUUUCAUUGCCUUUGGAAUUUGAUCUGGAGAAAAUACUUGGAGACUAUUACCGUUAUGAUGAAGCGUGUGACGCUGUGACAGAGAGCCUCAGCUCCUCCUCGUUGAGGAGAAAACUCUUCCUUGAUGGUCAGAGCAGUUACAGCAGCGGCGACAGUUCUGGCGCAUCCAGCCCCGAGAGGAACAGUGCAGAGCCGGGGAGAUCUUCUUUCCAUAAAAGAGACGAGGCUGUUACAGAUUCCCAGGAAGAGGCUUUAUCCAUCUUUUCUUCGCCUUUGCCCUGUGGCAUCUCGGCUCAGACUCCCUCUACGGGCCAGUUCUCCUCCAGUCCCAUCCAGCGUGGCCGCUUUCGAGACUGCAGCCUCGGCAGCAUUAGUAGUCCUCUGUUUCCUGACCGUUCAUCUCCAGCAGGCCUCGGCUCCCCGACGAUUUCUCCGAUCGUUGCCCACACAGCACACACGCCCACCAACUCAGCUGAGAAGCUACAAACCCAUUUGACCCCGCUCGGUGCUCCUCUGGAGGUGGGCGGCGCCUCCUGCAAUGAGAGUCCCUUUGUGGAAGGCUGCUCUCCCAUCCACAGCUGCUCCCCGCUCCAGCUGCACUGCCGCAAUUAUCCCCAGUACAACUCCAGAUCCAAACCCAGACCCCGAAUGCACUGCUGGGCUUCACCUCCCCUCCUCUCCGCGGCCCCCAGCCGAGACCUUCAGGAGAAUCAAGAGGCUGAAGACCACCUCUCAUUCUCCACCUCCUCCCUCCAUCCUAUGGAACUAGAUCAGUCUUCGCCGCUGGCCCGGUGCGGCCGCUCUGCUGACGCUGAAGGAGUUAGCCCGACUGCUGCAGAAGCUUUGAUAAUCGAUGAAGACAAGGAGGGGGAGACAAAAGAGAAGCUGGGAAAUGAGGAAGAGGAAGAUAGAAGACCCCUCGGCCAGCUUACCAGCUCUCGUAUGGGCAACAUGUCGACAAUAGAAGGCUCUCAGAUGUUUGUGUCUCUUCUUAUAGAAGGAAGCAGCAUACGGUGCGACUCCAGCAUGCAGGUGGACAGCGGCUACAACACUACCUCAGCGGGAACUGCCAGUCUUAUUGACGGCCUCAGCUCCGACUGUCACAGUUCCAACCUCAUGGAAGACGCGUUCCAAGUUCCUCGACACACUAAAGUGAAGGUAUUUUAUCCUCAUCACUGAGCCACCUCGUUUAUCCAUUCGAAGGGAUUCUUCUGCAGUGGAAGCUCGAAUUUUUUAUUUUUUUUUUAACUUGAAAUCAAACACCAAAUUUUUUUUGUACGACGGAACUGUUCUUGAUAAACGGGUUAAACAGAAAGGUAGCAACUGUUAAAAAAGGCAUGACUGGAACUCCAUGUUCACAAAUGGCGAGUCAGCAUUUGAAAGUGUUCCAUCGCCUCUCGUUCAUCAAAGGGAAGUCUAAUCAACAGAUGAUCUUAUCCCCGCUGAAGCACAUUGAAACUUUAAGAAUCAGCUGCACGGUCGGAUCUGUGAUGCUGACAGUUUUAAAGGGAAAUGACAGAAUAUCGGUUCUUGAUCAACCUUGAGUGCUGUAUUGAUGCUAAUCAUAAUUUCAACAUUAUUUGGUGAAAACACAAAUGACUUAAUGAUUCUGUACU